AUGCCUUGCUGUGAAUUGAUUACCAAUAUAAACGUCCCUGAAGAUUCUAUUCAAAAUACUUUAGGUCAAUUGGAGAAUGUUAUAUCUGCUGUAUUGAGUAAACCUUCUAGUUACAUUAUGAGCAAUUACGAUUAUCAGAAGAAUUUAAGAUUUGGUGGAAGUAAUGACGAUUUUUGUUUUGUUAGAUUGACAAGUAUAGGUGGGAUUAAUAAAUCAAAUAAUUCAUCCUUAGCUGAUAAAAUCACUAAAAUUCUUCAAAUGACUCUCAAUGUUAAACCUAGAAGAGUUUACGUAGAAUUCAGAGAUUGCGCUGCUCAAAAUUUUGCCUUUAAUUCAUCUUUAUUUGGGUAA